CGACUCGCUGACGCCAGGGAGACCAGAUCAAUCUAGGCAGCUGUGCGCGGCGGUGGAAGGAGAGCAGAACGCGUAAGGAAGCCAGCCACCAGAGCAGGAACCGCAACAAAGAAUUUCUCAACUUUAGAAGGACCUGGAAUAAUUUGUAAUUGUGCACCACCAAUGCUGACACUGGAUGAGAAAAUGACCUAUACCUGAAUCUAAAUAAUACAAAGUUGCUUGAUGGACAAAAUAAAGGAAUAUAUCUGCUUGGUACACACAUAUCUGACUCAGACCUUCUGAAGGAAGAACAAUUUUCUUUCCUGCUCUUACAUAUUUUCCCUUCUCUCCAUCUGCAAAAGUUGGAUACUUCAGCAGGAAAUAAAUCUUUAAUCUCAAACCAAUAUAUAAGACAAUGAACGUAACCAGCUUGUUCUCCUUCACCAGUCCAGCGGUAAAACGUCUUUUGGGUUGGAAACAAGGAGAUGAGGAGGAGAAAUGGGCUGAAAAAGCAGUUGAUGCCCUAGUAAAGAAACUAAAGAAGAAAAAAGGAGCAAUGGAAGAGCUAGAAAAAGCUCUCAGCUGUCCAGGCCAACCCAGCAGUUGUGUCACUAUUCCCCGUUCAUUAGAUGGCAGGUUACAGGUGUCUCAUCGAAAAGGUCUGCCCCACGUCAUCUACUGCCGUGUUUGGCGUUGGCCAGACUUGCAGAGCCACCAUGAACUGAAACCUCUUGAGUGCUGUGAAUAUCCAUUUGGAUCAAAGCAGAAGGAGGUCUGCAUCAACCCCUACCACUACAAGCGAGUUGAAAGUCCUGUGCUUCCUCCUGUCCUGGUUCCUCGACACAGUGAGUUUAAUCCCCAGCACAGUCUCCUGGCACAGUUCCGAAACCUGGGACAGAAUGAGCCACACAUGCCACACAAUGCAACCUUCCCAGAUUCUUUCCCAGAUUCUUUCCCUCAGGUCAACAGCCAUCCGUUUCCCCAUUCGCCUAACAACAGCUACCCCAGCUCUCCAGGUGGUGGAAGCAGCAGCACCUUCCCACAUUCUCCAACCAGCUCUGACCCAGGAAGCCCAUUCCAAAUUCCAGCUGAAACUCCUCCUCCUGCUUAUAUGCCUCCUGAGGAUCAGAUGACUCAGGAUGGGACUCAGCCAAUGGAUACCAACUUAAUGGCUCCCCUGCCACUAGACAUUAGCAACAGACCAGAUGUUCAGCCAGUGGCAUACGAAGAGCCAAAGUACUGGUGUUCCAUUGUCUACUAUGAGCUCAAUAAUCGCGUGGGAGAAGCCUUCCAGGCAUCCUCCACAAGUGUGUUGGUGGAUGGCUUCACUGAUCCUUCAAAUAACAGAAACAGAUUUUGUCUUGGGCUGCUGUCCAAUGUGAACCGAAACUCUACCAUUGAGAAUACCAGGCGGCACAUUGGCAAAGGAGUCCAUCUUUAUUAUGUUGGGGGAGAAGUAUAUGCCGAGUGCCUUAGUGACAGCAGCAUUUUUGUGCAGAGUCGAAACUGCAAUUACCACCAUAGCUUCCACCCCACAACAGUAUGCAAAAUCCCAAGUGGCUGCAGCUUGAAGAUUUUCAACAAUCAGGAGUUUGCAGAGCUUUUGGCUCAGUCAGUGAAUCAUGGUUUUGAAGCAGUCUAUGAACUCACCAAAAUGUGCACCAUUCGCAUGAGCUUUGUGAAGGGUUGGGGUGCAGAGUAUCAUCGCCAAGAUGUCACUAGUACUCCGUGCUGGAUUGAGAUUCAUUUGCAUGGCCCUUUGCAAUGGCUGGACAAAGUUCUUACUCAAAUGGGUUCACCUCAUAAUCCCAUUUCUUCUGUGUCCUAGAGAAAGCUGUUACGUUAACUUGUUAUUGAUAAAGAGCAUUGAAUUUUAAUUGGGGGGGUGGAAGUCAUUUUUUAAAUGUUUUAUUUUAAAGAAAAAAAUAAAAACACUUGAAGGAUAAUUGAAAUGGGCACAUUGGAGAAUGGCACAUGAGUGUGGGAGCCUGGAACAUACUUGAUCUUUAUGACCAACUGUAAUAAUCAGACCAUCAGUGCUGGUCUCAUUAACAUUUUUUAGUUUACAUUGUAGUGUUCCAUUGUAGCUCAAUUAGCUCUUUCCAUGAUGGGUUAUUACAUACAUACUAGACAGUGGAAGACAACCAGUCAAAAAUGCCAGCACAAGAAUCAAUUUGAUUUAAAAGUGUAAAAUACUGCUGGUUUAUUCAAUAUAAUCUUGAUCAAUUUUUGCAGAAAUCUUUUUUUUAUGCUCCCUGACACUUGUGUUGCACUCUUUCAAAUAACAGAAAAUGCUGUUUCUUAAAGUAAGACAGCCAGUAAAAUCACCCCAUAUGAAUUAGUCACUUAAGAUUCCAUCAUUAAUAUCUGAGAAAGUCACAAAUUUGAAACUGUAAGAUUUAAAAUUUUUUUUUUCUUGUGAAUUGAUCUUGCAGUCGAUAAAAUAGUGUUAGAUGUAUUCAUGAGAAACAUGCCUGUACAGUCUGUUUGGUAGAUAGAUUAUGUCUUAGAUUAGUUGUCUCGGAUUGCAGGUAGCAGUAUAAUGUCGGAGUUAAAAACUGGCUGAAGACUCGAAGCACAGAUAUACGUGCCCCUGCUGUGUGUUUUUACAAAUUUGUUUAUUGCUGUGUUACGCAAAGGUUUUGUUUUUGUCUUUUUUUGUAUUUGUCAAUGCUACUAUGCUUUGAAUAGUAGCUCAGCUGGACUGUUAUAUACAUCGGUUUCUUUGCCUGAGCCUGUGUGGCAGCAGAGUUUAGUUUUUUGUUUUUUGUUUGUUGUUUUUUUUUUUCCCUCUCAAGGCUACUGGGUAAAAGUGGCUGUUGGUAUAAUAAAAUUAACAGCCUUUAAUCUUUUUUAAAAUAUAGACUUUUUUUGUAAGCUUUGCAAGACCCAGCCGCUAGCAGAAUGUCUGUUUUAUGGCACAAAAAAAUGAUUUUAAAACUGCCUUUUUUAAAUUGAAUUUUGUAUUAUGUUCUUUUCUGCUAUUCUUAUGUACGCACUUUUACAAAUGCUUUUUCCCUCCAUGUGUUUGCAUUUGCUGUUGUGCUGUAGUAUUCCCGGAAGGCAAUUUUAUUCCAUGAAUAUCAUGUCUCUACUGGAAGAUUUAAUAAAAUGGUUUCAAUACCA